CAACAACAGCGCACGAUUUCAGGCUGCAGUUUCCGGCGUACUAAUUUCAUAUGCAGCUCAUGCCGGAUGGUACAUUUUUCUGCGAUUUAAAACCCCGACCCCUACAUGAGUGGCGAUGGAGUUUAUAUGUCCGCUUCAAUAUUCUCAUGUCCGCCAGCCGGCAUCUGCAUCUUCAAAUAUAAUAUCCCACCAACGCACAGCAAACAUGUAUUUUAUUCUACCUUCUUGUUGCUCUUUAAAUAUUUUUCUUUUCGUCUGCAUUCAUUUCUCAACUCCCAGUCGACACAAAGAAAACCAAACCAGAACCGAAAUCACAGAAACUUCCAUCGUUCCCUCAAGCAGCUCCAACAACCACCAAGAUCACUACCAACAACGUCAAAAUGCCCUUCAUACGCCCCGUCGAGAUCCCCUUCUUCCCCCGCCUCCCCCAAAUCUCCCCUUGGUUCAUCCUCUGGGGUCUCUUAUUCUCCGCUUUACUGUCUACCUCUCUGUCCUCCUUUUUCUUCCCCUCCUACCUCUUUGGGCGUGCCACUCCCAACAACAACAUCCGGGGCCACAUCAGGCCCUCUGGAGGACCCGAAUUCGAAUUCGACCGCAUCGCCCACCUAGCCGGUAACGAAAUCGCUGGUAACGCUCAUGUAGCUGCCCGCCGCGUCCAACACCGGGACCAUACCCUUCCCUCCCCAACAACCACUGUCGCCGCCGCGACUGCGUCAACCACCACCAACACCACCACCACCACCACCACCACCACCGCCGACGCCUUCAAGCAGCCACUCAUCACCCGCUCCCCGCCGCCGCCGCCCCUAAGCCGCCGCGACGACCGCUUCGACGAAUACGACUUCCCGCAUUUCGGCGACGACGAAGCCGAAUCUCGGCUCGCCAACGGCGUCAACGUCUACGACCAACCGAUCCAGACCGUGCACCUACAAGACGUGCGGCCCUUUCCCCUGGGCGAGGUGAACGAUAUCCCCGGGGUAUUCGCGGCUUGUGCGCAACCUUGCAUGAAAAAGGCCGUGGAGCUCAACACCGAUUGCAAAGAUCCGCUGGAUCUCGAGUGCACGUGCAGGCCCGAGAAAAGGGCGGUGAUUGAGGCGGCGAGUGACGAGUGUUGUUGGCAGGCUUGUGGGGGUGGGGUGCCGGAGAUUUUGUGGCGCCCGUGCUGGAAUGAUGACAACCCGUUGCAUUACUAAAGUGGUCUUUUAUAUCCGUCGUCGUCGUCUUCAAGACUCUCGUACUCAACAAAAAAAGACUGCCCGUCAACGAGCACAUCAACGAAACGACCAGAACAACGGAGACGACGAAUAGCCAACCACGACAGGGGAAGAACUUCAGCAGUCACAAUCGAACCCGAUCACUCACCCCCCACUUAUCAGCUUCAAAGUC